GCCUGAUCCGAUUGCACCCAUAACAAAACAGCAAAAACCUCCACGGUUCUUUUCAGACCAGCAACAAAGCAUCCGAUCUUCAUUUGCUUUUCCGAUCAGAGUCGCCAGCGCUCCGAGUGGUGAGAAAUCUCCGUCGCCUUGUCGGAAUCGCUCGCGAUGGGCUUCUUGGUGACGACCCUCAUCUUCUUCUUGGCGGGCGUCGUCGCCUCCCUCUCCGUCCGCCUCUGCUGCAACGGCGGCCCUCCAUCAAUCUGUGCGUCUCUCUAUUCUCUCCCGCUCUCUUCUGUUUGUCUUGGAUUACGAUUUCAGAUGACGAAAUCUGACGGAAACCGUCGAAUAUUUUUUGGACUCCGUCGUAUUGGUGUUUCGAUCGCCGUAAGCGGCGAUCUGAUUGCCUUUUGGAGAUGGAUCACCUUGACACGGUCUAAUUUCCUUAACCUUGGAGAAAAACUAGUGGAAAUUUUGUGGUUUAAUAUUCCAUCUACUAUUUUUAUUGUUAGGUGGGCUAUUGUAUAUCUUGCACAGCUGAAGCCACUGAUUGUUCCCAUCCUCAGUGAAGGAGAGUGAAAUGCUUGUCAAAGAAUAACUUUAGUUGGGGUCAUUCAGCAUAAUGUCUUGCUUCAGCCUGCGGUUUUGCAACUCCAGAAAUCUUUAGCAUGCAAGUUUUGGAUAUUCUUGCUAUGAACUUGGUAAAAUAUAUUGCCACCAAUAAUUUGUGCCAGAGAUAUCUUUAUAUAUAUGUAUUCAUGCAGCAUUCUAUUGAUCUAAGGAAUGUUGGACUUGAGAUUUUUCGAGUCUGAGUGCAUAAAAAAGAUGGCCAUUUGUUGUUUCUAAUUUUUGGAAAUGUGAACUUUGUUCAAGGGUGAGUUGAAUGUGAAAGGGAGCCAUUUCCAUA